AUGAUCAAUGUGAUGGCAAUUUUUCGAGACUUUUCAAAUUCAUCGACUUUUUAUAGUUCUAGUAUUGGAGACAUUAGAAUUAUUGAAGAAAUAUUCUGGAACAGAAUUCGACCAACAGAAGGAUAUUUUCCAAAUCGACUGCAGAACUUGAAUGGUAGUAUACUUCCAGUUCUAUUUGGAGGGAACGAACCAGGAUUUAUACUAUCUCAGAACAAAAAUGGUGAAAACAAGAUCUUGGGGCAAUAUGGACACUUUUUCGAAGCCUUGGCAAAGAAACACAACGCAAAGUUAAAUACAUCAAACGUUAUACUAACUAAAACACCAUUUGAAAUAUAUCAACUUGUUUUAAACGGAACAGUUGAAAUGACAUCUGCUGCUAAAUUUCGGGUUAAUCCAGUAAGAAUGUUUACAAUACCUUAUGAAGUAAACGAUUGGUGUAUUAUGCUUCCUGUCGAACCAAUAAUUCCAAUUUUUGAAAUUUAUACCAUCAUUUUUGAGUGGCAGACUUUGGUCAUAUUGAUUGUGGAAUUAGUCCUUCUAUCAGCAUUACUUGAAUCAGCUACUUUUUUGUCAGGAAGGAAAACCUCGUUAUUCAACUAUUUCUUCAAUGAUAAAUGUUUACGUGGAUUAAUUGGACAAUCUUUUUCCGAGUUACCAAAUACUUCUUUAAGUCUUAGACUUAUUUAUUCAUUGCUCUUUGUGUUGGGAAUGUUGAUGGUUACUUCGUAUGAUGCAUUUCUUCAAACCUACCGAACAACACCGCCAAGUGAAAAAAUUCUUCAGACUUUCGAUGAUGUUCGUGAAUCAUCACGAGUGAAAAUUCGAAUGCUCCAAGUUGAAAUGGAAGCAUUAAGUUUAUAUGUGCCCGAUGCCAAGACUCGUUAUUCUCAUUUUGUGUUGGAAAAAAAUUAUACAUUAUUUAAAAGUCUUCGUGACUCUCUAAAUACUUCGUGGGCCUAUCCAGCAACAAGUGAUAAUUGGAGUGUCUCAAAAAAUCAACAAAAUCUAUUCACUCGACCAACAUUUCGUUUCGCUGAAAAUAUGUGUUUAUAUCAUAGAAUUCAAAAUUGUUUUCCGAUAAAUGAAAAUUGUAUUUAUCGUGAUAUUUUGAAUCGUCUUAUUUUACAAAUACAUGAAGCUGGAUUAUUGGAUUUUUGGCGAAAGAGAGCUUUUCAUGAAUUGGUGGAAAUUGGAAGAAUCAAAAUGGAGGACUUGGGACAGAAGAGAGAAAUGAAACCGAUGAAAGUUGAAGAUUUGAAAUUGAUUUGGUUUGCAUUUGGUAUUGCUUGUGGAGUUAAUGGCUUUGUGUUUUUUGAUCGAAUGAAGAACCUUAAGGGUUCUCGGUUACCAAUUCUUUUCGGAGGAGCAGAACCAGGAUUGAUCAUUUCAGAAAAUUCUAACGAUGAUAUCGUGUUUGGUGGUCACUUAGGCCAUAUUGUCAGUUCUUUUGCGAAGAAGCAUAAUGCCAAAUUGGGUAUUUCUAAUGUGAAUGCUUCAAUUUCACCUUAUACUCUCCAAAAACUUGUUUUAAAUGAUAAAAUUGACAUAACUGGUGCAAGUAUGAUAAACCCAAUGACUGCAAUUGAAUGGUAUUCACAUCCAGUUGCUUUUUUUGAUUGGGGUGUUAUGGUUCCUGUAGAACCAAUCAUCCCUAUUAACAAGUAUCGGCGAAAUUCUCAGGAACAACCUCUUCUUUCUUCUUUAAUAUUGAUUGCUUUCGUGGAAUUCUUGGACAGUCAUUUUCUGAAGCAUUAG